AUGGAAGAUAAUAUUAUUCAGUCACUUAAUUCUAUACAAACAAUAAACUCAGUUGUGUCUAAUAUGUCUUCCUCGGCUUCUACCUCAACUCUUUCGACAACUUCAACAACUUCAAGAACUUUCCCAGUUUCAAAUUAUCCAAAGUCAAAAUAUUCUCAACAGAAAUACAAUAAUAACUAUGCGCAUCGAAAAGAAAAUGGUAAUAACAACCAUAAGGAUCGCUCACAAACUAAUUACUCACCAAAUUAUUCUCUUUCUCAACAACCUCAUUACCAUCAUAAAAAGAGAUAUCGAGAUCCUUCAUUUGUACCGAGAGAAUUUCAAUUUUCUCCAAAAGUUCCUUGUAAAUUAAUUGAUUUUGUCGGAGGAGUAAAUUAUACUCAGUCGCAAGAUAAUGGUGUAAUAUUUAAUCGUGUUGUAGAAUAUUUUAGAAAUAUAACUACUACUAUUGAACAAGAAGAAAAAUUAUUAGAUUUUAGUUUCUUUCUCAGAGAAAUAUCAACCCACAAUAAUUCAACUAGUGAUUCAAAAGAGGAUGGAUUUUAUGUUAAAGUUACUCAAUCGGAUCCUAAGCGUUUUCCACCCGAUAAAAGACAUAAUUGUUUAUCAUGCGAUAAGGAAUCUGAAACAUAUAUUUUUUCGAGUUUAGCAUAUCCAUCAUCAACGCGUGAAGAGGUCUCAAUUUGUCAUAAUUCAUGGUUCGAUGCAAAAGCAAGAUCAAUGUUUAUUAUUACACCAAAACGUCAUGUAGAACGUUUAUCUGAUUGUAAUGAUCAAGAAAUUUUUUCCAUGUUUUUAUUAGCUGUACAAAUUAUUGAACAAGAGACUCGUCUUUCAAACGCUCCUUGGAAUGGUAUUAGAUUCGCUGGAAUGACUUUAAAUCAUGGUAAUGCAAGAAACAUUGAACAUCUUCAUCUAAAAAUUAAAAUAAAUAAUAGAGAUUUUGAUCAUUUUAAAAAUUUCGGUUGGGAUGAUGAAAAAAAGGAAAGAUUUAAAAUUUUACAAAGUGGCAUCUACAAAAGAGAUGAAAGGUUGCAUAGAAUUCCUUAA